CUGAGGGGCUACGUCAUUUCCGCUAGGAACUAGAGCCGACGCUUUUCGGGAAGCGAACAGGAAAGUGAAGGCAGGGAGUGAAAGCGCAGACCGGAACGGGAGGUGGAUAGGCCAGUCUGGGGAUGUACACAAGAUGAACGUAAACCAGCAACCUCACCAAGCAGCUACUCCUUACAUGCAUCCUCAACCUGGAGGAUACCAACAGCCUGUCUACGGGGGUCAAACAAUGCCUGGAGGACAUCAAUAUCCAGGGUACAAUGGGCCAGUGCAGGGGUAUCCACAACAGGCCCCUCCACAAGGUUUCCAUCCUAAUUCAGGGUUCCCUCUAAAAGGGUCUCCUGAUAUUUUCAACUCUGGCACUUCUCCUUCUGUUUCUUCUGAUUAUAUAGGUCCCAUAAGAUCUCCACCAACGUCGGGGACAUCAACGGCAGCAGGAACUCCUCUUCAUCCAGAACAGAUUCUGUACAAUCAAUUCGGGCAGGGUGAUGUGCAGAAUGGGCCUGCACCUGCAUCAUCUGUCAAUCAGAUGCAAAGACCCCCAAUGUCCCAGCCCUACAUGCAACCAGGAUCCUUUCCACAGGCAGCUACUUUCCAGCAAUAUACUCCAUCCUCGACUACUGCACAGCAACUCACCAACCAAAUGAUGGGAAUGCACAUAAGCAGUGCACAAACAGCAGCCCCCCCAACAGGAGUUGGUUAUGGAGCUCAAAGCCCUCUUCCACCGUCCUCAGGAAGUUAUCCUGCCACAGCGUCAAGUGUUUACACACCUUACUCAAACAACCAAGGUUCUCCUCCAAUGAACCUUUCACAAGGAAUGCCCCCGACGAGCCUUCCACAAGUUCAACCACCACCAGCGCAACAUUUUGCUGGCCCUCCACCACCACAGCGCCUUCCAUCACCACAGACACAAGGCUUUGCCCCUCCCCAAUCUUCUUCUGGUCCAACUUUAAGUUAUCCUACUCAUGUUUCUGGAAGCUCUCAAAUGUCGAUGCAAGGUCCCCCAUUGCCAGGACAGCAUAUGUCAGGCCCUCCAUUAGCUCCACCGAAUCAAGCCCCAUCUCAUUCACAGACAACUAUGCCUGGAGCUCCUCAAGGUCCACCUCCUAUGCCUCCUGGUCAAGGAGGAUUUCCUCUCCAGCAGAAUGGCUCUUUCGGACAAGUUCGGGGACCACAGCCAGGUUUUCCUGGAAAUUAUCCACGUGCCCCUAACUAUGGAAGUCAGCCUGGCCCUCCACAGGCCCCUCAAGGCCCACCACCCCCUGCUCAGAAGAGGUUGGACCCAGAUUCCAUUCCUAGUCCUCAACUUAAUGAACUGCAACCCCAGCAGAAAUCAAGACACAGAAUAGACCCAGAUGCAAUUCCUAGUCCAAUUCAAGUCAUAGAAGAUGAUCGGGCUAACAGAAGUUCUGAGCCUUUUGUCACUGGCCUCAAGGGGCAAGUUCCACCACUCGUAACCACUAACUUUGUAGUCCGAGAUCAAGGCAAUGCAAGUCCACGCUACAUACGAUGCACAUCCUACAAUUUCCCUGCCAGUUCGGACAUGGCAAAGCAGUCUCAGGUUCCGCUGGCUGCCGUUAUUAAACCUUUGGCAACAUUACCAUCUGAAGAGGCUCCCCCCUGUGUGGUCGAUCACGGAGAGACAGGGCCUGUUCGUUGCAACAGAUGCAAGGCCUAUAUGUGCCCUUUUAUGCAGUUCAUUGAGGGAGGCCGAAGAUUCCAGUGCUGCUUCUGCAGUUGUGUCACAGAUGUUCCUCCACAUUACUUCCAGCACUUGGAUCACACAGGGAAGAGAGUGGACUCCUAUGACAGGCCAGAGCUGUCUAUGGGGUCGUAUGAAUUUGUAGCAACAGUUGACUACUGUAAGAAUAACAAGUUUCCAAACCCUCCGGCCUUCAUCUUCAUGAUUGAUGUGUCUUACAAUGCUGUGAAGAGUGGGUUGGUUGCCCUGGUCUGUGAGGAGCUCAAGCAACUUAUCGACUACCUUCCCAGGGAAGGAAACAUGGAAGAGUCUGUGGUCCGGGUGGGAUUCGUGACUUAUAAUAAAGUACUCCACUUCUAUAAUGUGAAGAGCUCCCUGGCCCAGCCACAGAUGAUGGUUGUGUCCGAUGUGGCAGACAUGUUUGUUCCCCUUCUGGAUGGAUUUCUUGUGAAUGUGAAUGAGUCUAGAACGGUUAUCUUAAGUUUGCUCGACCAGAUUCCUGAACUGUUUGCUGAUACGAGAGAAACAGAGACUGUGUUUGCCCCCGUUGUACAAGCCGGUUUGGAAGCAUUAAAGGCAGCAGAUUGUGCAGGAAAGCUCUUUGUUUUUCACACCACUCUUCCCAUUGCUGAAGCUCCAGGAAAACUUAAGAAUAGGGAUGACAAAAAGCUAGUUAAUACAGACAAGGAAAAGACAUUAUUCCAGCCUCAGACAAAUUUCUACAAUUCUUUGGCUCAGGAGUGCGUGGCCCAAGGGUGCUGUGUGGACUUGUUCUUGUUUCCCAAUCAGUUUCUAGAUGUGGCCACACUUGGUGUGGUGCCUUACCAGACUGGAGGCUCAGUCUACAAAUAUGCAUUUUUCCAGCCUGAAACUGAUAAGGAGCGAUUCUUAAACGACCUGCGCAGGGAUGUGCAAAAAGAAAUUGGCUUUGAUGCAGUCAUGAGAGUUAGAACCAGCACUGGCAUUCGUGCAACAGACUUCUUCGGUGCUUUCUACAUGAGCAACACCACAGAUGUAGAGCUUGCUGGAUUGGAUUGUGACAAAACUGUAACUGUGGAGUUUAAACAUGAUGAUAAACUAAAUGAAGACACGGGGGCACUUCUACAGUGUGCUGUGUUGUAUACCAGCUGUGGAGGUGAGCGUAGACUCAGAAUUCACAACAUGGCCUUGAGUUGCUGUGCACAGCUGGCAGAUCUCUACAGAAACUGCGAGACUGACACACUUAUCAACUACUUUGCCAAAUUUGCUUAUCGUGGAGUACUGAGUUCUCCAACAAAGACUGUCCGUGACACACUGAUCAAUCAGUGUGCACAAAUAUUAGCCUGCUAUAGGAAGAACUGUGCAAGCCCUUCAUCUGCUGGCCAGCUCAUACUCCCAGAAUGCAUGAAGCUACUUCCUGUUUAUUUGAACUGUGUGCUUAAAAGUGAUGUACUGCAGCCUGGGCCUGAGGUGUCUGUUGAUGAUCGAGCUUACAUCCGGCAGCUUAUCUUAUCUAUGGAUGUUGCGGAUUCAAAUGUCUUCUUCUAUCCUAGGCUAUUGCCAUUGUCCAAAUUGGACCCAGACAGUGACUCCUUGUCCGUAGCUAUCCGUUCAUCAGAAGAACGUCUUUCCAAAGGCGAAGUGUACUUGCUGGAGAAUGGAUUGAACCUGUUUGUAUGGGUUGGGGCAAACGUGCAGCAGCCCCUGAUCCAGAACCUCUUUGGUGUGUCCUCUUUCAGCCAGAUCGACUGUAACCUGAAUACUCUACCAAAUCUCGAUAAUCCAAUUUCUAGAAAAAUGCAUGCAAUUAUCACAACAUUCAGAGCACAAAGGCCACGAUACAUGAAGCUGCUGAUUGUUAAACAAGAUGACAAGUUGGAGAUGCUCUUCAAGCGCCUGCUGGUGGAAGACAAGAACCUCAAUGGAGGAGCUUCAUAUGUAGACUUCCUCUGUCACAUGCACAAGGAAAUCCGGCAACUUUUGAGUUAGAGAUAAAGAGUUGGUGGUGCACUUCCUCAGUGACAUUUGAGAAGUUUUACUUAACCACCUUGGUCUUUUUAACUCUGCUACUGCAACCAGGACUCCCACAAAUAAAUGCAAUUUUUCUUCUUUCUUUCUUAGAAAUAAAUCCCCACAGAGAGAAUUCCCCUAAAAUAUUUUAGGAAGACAAAUCCAAUCAAUGGGUUAAAUCUCUCCUUUAUCGAGCUGUGAAGAGGCUCGUAGAAGAAUUCUGGUUGCUAGUUUUGUUGAAAUGAAUGUAGUAGAUUCUCUGCUCGGAAGAAAUCGUUGACAUACACUGGUUGAUGCCUACGUGCGAUGGUCCAUUAUUGAAAGAAUGAGUGAUGCUUGUUGGAAAAGAAAUUAACUUGCUUGGACAUUAUAUACAAAGAUCAAAUAUUUCCAAUAACCUAUGAUGAAUUCCUUUUAAAUCAAUUAAGAUUUUGAAGCCGUUACUGGGUGUAUUGAGUGUUUUGUUCCUUCCACUUUUUUUUUUUUUUUUUAACCUUGUCAUAAGGUUUUAAGCCUACCUAUUUAAGGAAUCAUCAUACCAUCACCUACAUAAUGGAGGGGAAAAUCUCCAGGGGGUUUCCUAUAUUAGAACUGAAGAUUAUGUUCUGAUCGAAACGUACUUAACCCUUAUUUGUUCCCACUCUAAAGAUGGCUUUUGGCAAUAUUUUAUUUUUCUAUACAAAAUUAAAUCAUCCUGCUUUAAUGUUCUGGAUUUUAAAUCAUUUAUUUGUAAGACCUGUUUACUAAUGGAGCCUUUCACUUUAACAUCUGAGCUUUCAUUCAGGCACUCUCUGACUUGUCAUGACUUCUGCUGUAAAUAAUUUAACUUGCAUUUAUCAGCAAUCUGGAGUUUAGCACUAUAUACACUAUGUAGUAAAUAGAUUCUGAUGCACAAAUAAUUUAGUUAAUUUAUUAUCACAUUUAAAUACAGGCAUCAGAAGAGAAGGUGGAAUGCAGAAAGUCAUAAAACAUUCUGAAAGGAGUUUUUAUUCUUAUAUAGAUCAAGGUUUUUACUCAUCCAACAGCAAGGACUUUAAGGUGAGGGACAAUAUUAUGCUCAAACACAGAACAGGUCAAAACCACUAAAGUGACAUACCUAAAAAUAAGAUGCUUUACGUAGAUUUAAUUGUCUUUGGGUGUUUUGUUUCUUUCUAUCACUAUGUAGCUAUGGAAGGAUUGGGACCAGCAGGCAAUUCAUGAAAAAGCUGAACUUUUAUUUAACACAAGAUAUUUUGCAAUAUGCACAGGAAAGAAUUUAGACAUGCCAUCAUCUAACUUAAACGGGAAGAGAUUUCGAGUGAGAGCGACCUUGUGUACAUUCUGAAUACUGCAGUGGAUCGACCAAGCUUAAAGCUCAUUUAGUCAUAAUUACUGUGUGUUUUCCUUAAGGUACCAUUAUUGUACUCUUACAGGCUUCUAUACCAAAGUAAGAGUUCAAAGCAAUUUUCAAAUGUAACGUAAAAGUAGCGAACUGGAGAAAUUCUCUGUCGGCUAUACUUUCAGUUCAGCUACUCUGGCCUUAAAUUUAUAAAUCACUUUGAAUUCUCACUUUAGUAAAUACUACUGUUAGAUAUGUUUUUCUUAUGCCUCUGCCCUUCUAAUGUCACUUUGUCGAGAAAGAGAAGGACAAUGAGCUCUGAGACGACUGCUGACUCAGAUGGGAGAACCUUCUUCAGGAAUCUGCUUAUUCGUUUAUGCACCAUGGGAAAUAACUUGUAGUUUACUGUCAGUAUUUUUAUUUCUUUUUCAUCCCGUUAAUAGUCAAUAAAAAUUCAUAGAUGCCUCUGGAUAAUCAGACCUUGGCAGCCGAUGUAUACUAAUGUUUAGUAUUAACUGUCAUGUUGAUUUUAAAGAGGGGAAAUUAUAAAUUAUAUACAUAUAUAUAUUCCAGUCUUUUCUUCAUUUGUGUGUUUUGCCAAUGCAACUUUUAAUUUGUAAAGAAAUAAAUUAAAUAAAUUCAUAUGUAUUUAAGUGAA